UCUGUCCAUGGAGGAAGAGAAAGAUGACAGCCCAGAGGUUGGCUUCUGCCUGGGCACCGCUCUGCACUCUUGGGGGCUGUGGUUCACGGAGGAAGGUUCCCCGUCCAUCAUGGAAGCCAAGUCUGUUCAGAGCCCUUUCUGUUCUCCUCUCCUGAGCAAGGCUUCAGUGUAUGAGGGGAGAGCCCUUGUUGGAGGCGAGCCUGUCACCCAGGCCCCCUUCCUCGUGCUGCCUGAGUAUGGCCAGGUGACCACGCCCCCAACACCCUGGUGGAGAACACCGCACCACCCCGGCAGCGGGCCAGGAAGAGUGGACCAAGCCCCCGCCUCCCUGCUGGAGGCCGACCUCACAGAGUUUGAUGUGAAGAAUUCUCACCUACCUCGGGAAGUUCUGUACAUGCUGAAAAAUGUCAGGGUCCUGGGCCACUUUGAGAAGCCGCUGUUCCUGGAGCUUUGCAAACACAUCGCCUUUGUGCAUGUGUAGAGUGGGGAGACGCUCUUCCGGCCCGGGGCGCCAGACUCUGUGCAUCUGUGUGUGGUGCAGGACGGGCGGCUGGAGGCUCCGCAUCCAGGACGCUACGAGUCGUGGGAUGGAGAGGAUGGCACCGAGGUGGUGGUGAAAGAGGUUCUGGCAGGAGACAGCGUCCACAGCCUGCUCAGCAUCCUGGACAUCAUCACCGGCCACACUGCACCUUACAAAACGGUCUCCGCCCGCGCAGCCAUCCCGUCCACCAUCCUCCGGCUUCCAGCUGCGGCUUUUCACGGAGUUUUUGAGAAAUAUCCAGAAACUCUGGUGAGGGUGGUGCAGAUCAUCAUGCUGCGGCUGCAGAGAGUGACCUUCCUGGCUCUGCACAACUACCUCGGCCUGACCACAGAGCUCUUCAACCCUGAGAGCCAGGCCAUCCCUCUCGUGUCUGUAGCCAGCGUGGCUGCCGGGAAGGCCAAGAAACAGGUGUUCUAUGUAUGAAGAAGAGCGGCUUAAAAGCCACCGCGCAGGGAGUCCUGUGACUCAGAUCAUGGGGGCGGCCGCCCAGCAGCUGCUGGGCCGCUGCUGAAGAGGAGCCAGUCCGUUCCUGCGCCUUCUGUUCGCAAAGAGAUCUUGGAUGAGCUGGAGAAGCCCGGGGCAGGUGACGCUGACCCUUCAGCCCCACAAGGGGGCCCAGCCAGUGCCACUUCCGAUCUGGGGAUGGCAUGCGACCGUGCCAGGGUCUUCCUGCACUCGGACGAGUACCCCGGGAGCUCCAUGGCCAGCAAGUCCAAGAAAAACGUGAUGGUCGCAGAGAUGCCCUCCCCGGUCUCCCACCACUCAGAGAGUCAUGCAGAUGAGACCCUGGCCAGCAGGAAGUCAGAUGCCAUCUUCAGAGCUGCCAAGAAGGACCUGCUCACCCUGAUGAAGCUAGAAGACUCAUCUCUGUUGGAUGGCCGGGUGGUGCUUCUCCACGUUCCUGCAGGCACGGUGGUGUCAAGGCAGGGAGACCAGGACGCCAGCAUCCUGUUUGUGGUGUCCGGGCUGCUGCACGUGUACCAGAGGAAGAUCGGCAGCCAGGAGGACACCUGCCUGUUCCUCACGCGCCCCGGGGAGAUGGUGGGCCAGCUGGCAGUGCUCACCGGGGAGCCGCUCAUCUUCACCAUCAAGGCCAACAGGGACUGCAGCUUCCUGUCCAUCUCCAAAGCCCACUUCUAUGAAAUCAUGCGGAAGCAGCCGACCGUCGUCCUGGGCGUUGCGCACACCGUGGUGAAGAGGAUGUCGUCCUUCGUGCGGCAAAUCGACUUUGCCCUGGACUGGGUGGAGGUGGAGGCCGGGCGAGCUAUAUACAGGCAGGGAGACAAGUCUGACUGCACGUACAUCAUGCUCAGCGGCCGGCUGCGCUCUGUGAUCCGGAAGGACGACGGGAAGAAGCGCCUGGCCGGGGAGUACGGCCGAGGAGACCUUGUCGGUGUGGUGGAGACACUGACCCACCAGGCCCGGGCGACCACGGUGCAUGCCGUUCGGGACUCAGAACUGGCCAAGCUGCCAGCAGGAGCCCUCACGUCCAUCAAGCGCAGGUACCCACAGGUGGUGACUCGGCUGAUUCAUCUCUUGGGUGAGAAGAUCCUAGGCAGCCUCCAGCAGGGACCUGUGACAGGCCACCAGCUUGGGCUCCCCACGGCGGGCAGCAAGUGGGACUCGGGGAACCCGGCUGUCAACCUGUCCACGGUGGCAGUGAUGCCCGUGUCAGAGGAAGUGCCCCUCACCGCCUUCGCCCUGGAGCUGGAGCACGCCCUCAGCGCCAUCGGCCCGACCCUGCUGCUGACCAGUGACAACAUAAAACGGCGCCUCGGCUCUGCUGCCCUGGACAGUGUCCACGAGUACCGGCUGUCCAGCUGGUUGGGGCAGCAGGAGGACACGCACAGGAUCGUGCUCUACCAGGCAGACGGCACGCUCACACCCUGGACCCAGCGCUGCGUGCGCCAGGCCGACUGCAUCCUCAUCGUGGGUCUGGGUGACCAGGAGCCCACAGUGGGCGAGCUGGAGCGGAUGCUGGAGAGCACAGCUGUGCGUGCUCAGAAGCAGCUGAUCCUGCUGCACCGGGAGGAGGGCCCGGCGCCCGCCCGCACCGUGGAGUGGCUGAACAUGCGGAGCUGGUGCUCCGGCCACCUGCACCUCUGCUGCCCGCGCCGCGUCUUCUCCAGGAGGAGCCUGCCCCAGCUGGUGGAGAUGUACAAGCGUGUCUUCCAGCGGCCCCCGGACCGACACUCAGACUUCUCCCGCUUGGCGAGGGUGCUGACAGGCAACGCCAUUGCCCUGGUGCUUGGGGGAGGGGGAGCAAGAGGCUGUGCCCAGGUGGGCGUUCUCAAAGCCUUGGCGGAGUGCAGCAUCCCCGUGGAUAUGGUGGGAGGCACGUCCAUCGGGGCCUUCAUGGGUGCCCUGUACUCUGAGGAGCGGAACUACAGCCAGAUGCGGAUCCGGGCCAAGCAGUGGGCUGAGGGCAUGACGUCCAUGAUGAAGGCCGCACUGGACCUCACCUACCCCAUCACAUCCAUGUUCUCUGGAGCUGGCUUCAACAGCAGCAUCUGCAGCGUCUUCAAGGACCGGCAGAUCGAGGACCUGUGGAUUCCCUAUUUCGCCAUCACCACUGACAUCACAGCCUCGGCCAUGCGGGUCCACACCGACGGCUCCCUGUGGCGGUAUGUGCGUGCCAGCAUGUCCCUGUCCGGUUACAUGCCCCCUCUCUGUGACCCCAAGGACGGACACCUGCUGAUGGAUGGGGGCUACAUCAACAACCUCCCAGCGGAUGUGGCCCGGUCCAUGGGGGCAAAAGUGGUGAUUGCCAUUGAUGUGGGCAGCCGAGAUGAGAUGGACCUCACCAACUAUGGGGAUGCGCUGUCUGGCUGGUGGCUGCUGUGGAAACGCUGGAACCCCUUGGCCACGAAAGUCAAGGUGUUGAACAUGGCGGAGAUUCAGACGCGCCUGGCCUACGUGUGCUGCGUGCGGCAGCUGGAGGUGGUGAAGAGCAGUGACUACUGCGAGUACCUGCGCCCCCCUAUCGACAGCUACGGCACCCUGGACUUCAGCAAGUUCAACGAGAUCUGCGAAGUGGGGUACCAGCACGGGCGCACGGUGUUUGACAUCUGGGGCCGCAGUGGCGUGCUGGAGAAGAUGCUGCGCGACCAGCAGGGCCCAAGCAAGAGGCCCUCGAGUGAGGUCCUCACCUGUCCCAAUGCCUCCUUCACGGACCUUGCUGAAAUUGUGUCUUGCAUUGAGCCCGCCAAGCCCGCCAUGGUGGAUGACGAAUCUGACUACCAGACGGAGUAUGAGGAGGAGCUGCUGGACGUCCCCAGGGAUGCAUACGCAGACUUCCAGAGUACCUCGGCAGAGCGGGGCUCAGACUCGGAGGACGAGUCCUUGCUGCGGCAUGGACACCCCAGCCUGGCUUUCCCAAAACUGUCCGAGGGCUCCUCUGACCAGGAUGGGUGA